AUGGUGUCCCCGGCGCGCGGCCUCGUGUCCUGGGUUCGCGCCCGGCUGCAGCCCCGCGCCGUGGCCUCCCCACACAGCCUCGACCUGCAGCCGGAGGCGGCGCUGCCGGACCCCUCCACAGGGUCCUCCGCCUCGCAGCAGCAGCAGCAGCAGCAGCAGCUGAGCCUGCAGGAGGAGACGCGGGCCGAGGUGGAGCGGCUGACGGCGCAGAUCAGAGACCUGCGACGCCGCCUGCUCGCCCUCACCGGUAACGUGGCGCCAGCAGCUGCCCCUGCGGCUGCCACCCCCAGCAACUCGUCCGGCCGGCCGGCGGCCGCGUCGCCGCACUCUGCAGAGGCCGUCCUCGGCCUCCAGACGCUGCCUCCAGCUCCAGCGGACGGCCUGUCCGGAGAGGAGUGCGCGCGCCACGUGCGCCAGCGGCUGGCGGCCGCCGAACUGCUGGACAGGGGGCGCCCGCUGGCCAGCGAGUUCGAGCUGGUCGCCUUCUCGCACUUCACGCUGAGCCGCGUCUACCCCGUCGAGCUGGCGCUCGGAAAACGCGUCGUCGAGAAGCCCAUCGGCUUCCGCCGCAGGGACCUGCUGGAGGCGCUCAACAAGGCGCUGGAGACGCUCAACAGCAGCAGCUCGGGCGGCGGCGGCGGCGGCCGGCGCUACUCGCUGGAGGACUUCUCGGAGGGCGUGUACCGCACCGAGCCGACCACAGGCACGCAGUACGAGCUGUACUUCCGCGCGGGGCGGCCGGGCGCGGCCCGCGUGUCCCUGGCGCGGCCGUUCGCGCCCCUGCAGGCGCUCGCCGUGGAGCCGGUGCCGGCGGCGGGCCGCGACAAGCCCGUGGUGCACGUGCUGCUGCCGCUGGCCGGACGCACCGCCGCCUUCCGCGCCUUCAUCGACAAGUUCGUCCGCAUCGCGCUCCGCAACGACCGCAGGGUGCAGCUGACGGUGGUGUACUUCGGCGAGGAGGGCCUGGCGGAGGCGCGCGCCGCCAUGUCCCGCGCGCUCUCGCUGUCGCUGGCGCCGCUGCGGCUGCUGGCGCUCAACGAGUCCUUCUCCCGCGGCCGCGGCCUGCGCGUGGCCGCCGAGCGAGCCGCCCCCGACCGCCGCGACGCGCUGCUCUUCAUGUGCGACGUCGACGUCGUCUUCAGCGCCAGGUUCCUCGACCGCUGCCGCUGGAACGCCCGGCCGGGGAAGAAGGUGUACUACCCGAUCGUGUUCAGCCUGUACAACCCGCACGUGGUGUACACCCUGCAGGGCCGGCCGCUGCCCCCGGAGGCAGAGCAGCUCGUCAUCUCCAGAGACACCGGCUUCUGGAGGGACUUCGGCUUCGGCAUGACCUGCCAGUACAGGUCUGACUUCCUGAAGGUGGGCGGCUUCUCGGAGGACGUGGUGGGCUGGGGAGGCGAAGACGUCUCUCUGUACCGCAAGUACGUCCGCUCCAGCCUCAAGGUGGUGCGCGCCACCGACCCCGGCAUCUUCCACCUCUGGCACCCCAAGGAGUGCGGCCGGCGGCUGCCCGCGGACCAGUACCGCGCCUGCCUGCGCUCGCGCGCCCUCAGCGAGGCGUCGCACGCCCAGCUCGGCUUCCUCGCCUUCCGGGACGAGCUGACCCCCGCCCUCGGCGGAGUCGGCAACGUCAGCAGCGGCAGCCACAACGGGCAGCCCGCCAGGAGGGCGUGA